UUAUAUUUGUUGAAGAAAUACAAUUGUUCCAUUCCAUUCCAUUCGGUGUGGGGGAGACGGAAGUUCAUCUCUUUCUUCAUCUUCGUUGGUCACGCAAACUCCUUUCAAGCUUUACUGAACUUUACAUAUGGAAAAACCUGUUAAAGGACUGUCAUAUUCUUCACUUUCUAACUUAGACAAAGAGAAGGGAAAAUAUCAUUACAUUGAUGACUACAGUGACUCUGGCUGGGAUGUGGAAGAAACUUCCAAGGAUGUUAACUCUCAGAGACGAGAUAAUCUAUUUGUAUACCGCAAUAAUUCCCAAGAAUUUGUUGAUGGAGGAGGGUAUGAUUCCGAUGAAGAUAAUUCCAAGUUUGGCCAACUCACUCUACCACCACCUCCUGAGGUGAAUUUGAAGAAUGUAUUGAAUGGUUUAUUUGCUAUCGUGACUGGAUGCAACAGGAAUCCUGUUGCCCCUGUAGCUCAGCGGAUAUCUGGUUCAGAUGUUUCAUUUCUUGGGUCUGCUAAGAAUGGGGAUACUGUCUUGCACUCUUCGGUUUAUAUACCCAGCGCUCCACCACUUCUGGAACCGACUGGUUUUAAUUACAAUGCUUACAAAGAGGUGUUGGAUGCAGAACCUCCUGAGUGGCUUCCAGACAGUUCUACGACAGUAUGUAUGCAAUGUACUGCUCCCUUUACAGCUAUUACUCGGGGGAGACAUCAUUGUCGAUUUUGUGGAGGAAUAUUUUGCAGGCUAUGCUCAAAGGGAAGAUGUCUAGUACCUGUUAAGUUCAGGGAGAGGAAUCCACAGAGAGUGUGUGAUACCUGCUAUGAUAGGCUUGAUCCUUUGCAAGGGGUGUUAAUUAACACAAUUAGCAAUGCUAUGCAAGCUGCAAAGCAUGAUGUAAUGGAUUGGACAUGCGCAAGAGGGUGGUUAAACCUACCUAUUAGUUUAUCCAUGGAGCAUGAGAUAUAUAAAUCGUCUAGUACUUUGAGGACAUAUAUCCAGGUUGCUAGGUUGAACCCUGAGCGAUCUAUACCUGCAGCAGUGUUAAAAGGAGCGAAAGGUUUGGCAAUUUUAACAGUUGCGAAAGCUGGGGUAGUUGUUGCAUACAAGAUAGGUACUGGGUUGGUCGUGGCGAGAAGGUCGGAUGGAUCAUGGUCUCCACCGUCUGCCAUUAUAUCUGUUGGUUUGGGAUGGGGUGCUCAGGUGGGAGGUGAGCUAAUGGACUUUAUACUUGUACUACACGACUCAAAAGCUGUGAAAACAUUUUGUAGCCGCAUGCAUUUUUCUGUUGGGGCUGGUUGUAGUGCUGCUGCCGGACCGGUUGGUAGAGUGCUGGAAGCGGAUGUAAGGGCCGGUGAAAAAGGUUCUGGGUUGUGUUAUACAUACAGUUGCAGCAAAGGUGCUUUUGUUGGAGUGUCUCUGGAAGGAAAUGUAGUUACAACAAGGUCAGACACAAAUCUGAAGUUCUAUGGCGAUCCGUAUCUCUCUGCAGCUGAUAUUCUUCUAGGCAAUGUCGAAAGACCAAAGGCUGCUGAUCAAUUGUAUACUGCCCUUGGGGACCUCUACUCAAAACUCGUCUUCUAAAUGUAGUUGGCCUUUUGUUUUACUGAUCAUGUAUGAAUGGAUGGAUAUAAAAAAAGGGAACAAACAGUACCACAUAUUUAAUUAUGUUUUAUGAACAAAGCUACUUUAUUACCAUGUACAGAUAUUCUUCAGCAUUUGCUACUUUGUAAUAAUUUAUUGCUCU